CCAAUAUGGGAUUGGCGCAGUGCUAGCUCAACAGGAAGGGAAAAAGUUGAGACCGGUUUAGUACAUGAGCAAAAAGAUGCCAUCAAAGAAGUUGGCAAAGACCACCUACGAGAGGGAACUCUACGCUCUUUACAAAGCACUUGUCCACUGGAGGCACUAUCUGUUAGGGAGGUUCUUUAACUUGAGAACUAACCAUCAGACCCUCAAGUGGAUCAAGACUCAACCAGUUCUUUCCGAUGCACUCAAACGCUGGAUUGAAGUCAUAGAUCAAUAUGACUUCAAACUAGACUAUGUGAAGGGAGAGUACAACAAGGUUGCGGAUGCGUUGUCUAGGAGGGCAGACUACCUAGGUGCGCUGAUUUCUGAGCUUGGUUUGUCUGAAGAUGUGACUCAAUCGCUGGGGGACGCCUACAAGGAAAACCCCAUCACGGUGGACAUCAUUAACAAACUUCAGGCAAAAGAUAAGGCCACCACUAACGAGUUUGUGAUGGUGGAUGAGUUACUCUUUCUUGAGAAGGCAGGGUUCAAAAGGUUAGUUGUUCCAUCUAAGGAAGUUUUGCGUAGUUUAUUUUUAGGAGAGUGUCACGAUGCAACGAGACAUUUUGGCUACAAGAAGACUAGUGUUAAUUUAGUGCAGCGAUUCUGGUGGCCUAACAUGCUUGACGAUGUGAAGAAGUACGUGGAGACGUGUCAGGUCUGUCAGCGGGACAGGCCGCGAACUCAAGCUCCGCUUGGGUUACUCAAACCUCUACCCAUUCCUGUUGGCCUAGGGCAGAGUAUCUCCAUGGACUUCAUGGAUACUCUUGUGACCAGCAAAAAUGGCAAGAGGCACAUCUUCGUCAUAGUGGAUAGGUUUGCUAAGUACGCUAGACUAAUCGCCAUGCCAGAGACAGCAAGGACUGAGCACGUCAUCAAGUUGUUCAUGGACAACUGGGUGCGUGACUUUGGACUUCCAAAGACGAUCGUUAGUGAUCGAGAUGUGAGAUUCACAAGCGAGAUGUGGAAGAAGGCCGCUGAACAGAUGGGCAGCCAGCUUCAGAUGACUUCUGGGAAUCAUCCUGAAGCAAAUGGGCAGGCUGAACAAAUGAAUCGAGUGGUGCAGCAUCUGCUGAGGCAUUACAUCAAGCCCAGCCAAGAUGACUGGGAUGAGAAAUUACCUCUCAUCGCCAGCCUGUACAAUAACGCUGUACACAGCACCACCGACGUCAGUCCUAAUCAACUGCAUCUGGGGUGGAAGCCUAGAUCUGCUCUAGACUUCCUCCUGCCUGGGAACCGAACUGCUGCAACUCCUGGAACCAUUGAAUUUGGUGUCCAGUAUGAGAAACUGUUGCAGCAUACUGUCGCACACAUCAAGAAAUCUCAAGAAGUCAUGAUUGCUUCUGAGAACAAGCGUCGCCGACAGUCCACAUUUCAGAACUUCGAUUCGUUCAACAAGAAAGCCUUAGACAUAGAGGCAAAGUUGGGAUCUGCACAUCAGAGUCAGGGAGAUGGUAGGAAGAAGAGACUACCCCAGGACUGGAAGAAGAAAGGUCAACUAAUGUUCAUCGACCACGAUGGUCAGGUGACAAAAAUUGACGGCUUCCCAGACCUUGGGGAGGAGACAGAGCACGAUGGGGCCAGCGAGACUUCGGAUGGGGAAGUCGUGGCACCCAUCAAAGAAAAGGCUAGGGGGACCGGGAAGAAGAAGGUAGGCCGGUUUACGGGUCAGAGCGACCAAGGCACGCCCGCUUGGGUGAAACUUGGUUUAGAGUAUGAGGUGUGGAGGGACCGAGUCGCUAGGGGCACGUGCAUGAACUGUGGCAAUUAUGGCCACACGUCCCGAACGUGCCGAGGCAAAAACGUCCUGACGAGGGUAGCCUCCCCAACAGUGGUGGGACUAUCUUCGAACCUUGGCGGUGCUUCUACGAGCACUUCGCAGGAAAACACCUCAGGCCAGUAGGAGUUUUAGCCGCUCUUACUCGA